AUGGCGGUGCCGGGCCCGCUGAGCCCGCGGGAGGGCAUGGUGGACAAGAACCUGAGCCUGGAGUCACUCCAGCUAUGCGAAAGAGACGGUAAGGUGGAGGAGAGCGGUGUGGUGGAGAUGGAGCUCCCCGUGCCCAUGAACAUUCGGAUUAGCAACAUCACCUGCGACUCCUUUAAGAUCUGCUGGGACAUGGACCCUCGCACCAAAGAGAAGAUCACACACUACUUCAUCGACCUGAACAAGAAGGAGAACAAGAACUCCAACAAGUUCAAACACAAGGAUGUGCCCACUAAACUGGUUGCCAAGGCCGUGCCGUUGCCGAUGACUGUGCGAGGCCAUUGGUUCCUGAGCCCGAGAACUGAAUACACGGUCGCCGUGCAAACCGCAUCCAAGCAGAGCGACGGCGACUACGCCGUGUCGGAGUGGAGCGAUAUUGUGGAGUUCUGCACUGCAGAUUACUCCCCCGUACACCUGACUCAGCUGCUCCAGAAAGCUGAGGUCAUCGCUGGCAGGAUGCUCCCCUUCUCCGUCUUCUACCGCAAUCAGAACCAAGAGUACUUCGACUACUGCAGUAACGUGCAAGGCGGCCGAAUGCUCCCAUCGGUGAAGGACAACAGCGGAAGUCACGGUUCUCCGCUUAGCGGCAAGCUCGAGGGCAUCUUCUUCAGCUGCAACACGGAGUUUAACACAGGUGAGCCCCCGCAGGACUCUCCAUACGGCCGCUACCGCUUCCAGAUCAACGCCGAGGAGCUGUUCGGCCCUGACACCCGCCUCUACUUCGGCGACUUUUACUGCAUGUACACGGCAUACCACUACGUGAUCUUGGUGCUGGCGCCGCGUGGCUCACCCGGCGACACCUACUGCAGCGAGAGGCUGCCCGAGCUGGACGCCACCAACAACCGCUUCCUGACACGCGUGUGCGGUGAAGACGGGCGCGUGGUGUUCCGCCACGCGCAGGACGUCAUCCUGGAGAUCAUCUACACGGAGCCUGUCGAGCUGACCCGUGGCACCGUGGCCCAGAUCAGCGGCCAUCAGCUCAUGAGUCUGUCCACCGUCAACGCCAAGAAAGACCCGAGUUGCAAGACGUGCAACAUUAGCGUAGGACGCUAA